AUGAUGUUCGCCUCAAUUUCUAUCUUGCUCUGCGCAGCCGUCGCAUCCGCGCAGCUCACCUCAAAACUCACUGAGAUAACCGACUUUGGGCCUAACCCGCGUAACAUCUCGAUGUUCAUUUAUGUACCUGCCAAUCUUCCACCGAAUCCACCGAUUUUGGUGUCACCACAUUGGUGUCACGGCACGGCACAGCAGGUUUUCGAUUAUAGACCCUGGGCUUCGCUUGGCGACGAGUAUGGCUUCAUCUCGAUCUACCCCAACACUUCAACAUUGAACACGGAUCAAUGCUGGGAUGUUAGUAGCCAGCAAUCGCUCACUCACAACGGCGGAGGCGACGCGCUGGGCAUUGUAUCGAUGGUGCGGUGGACUUUGGACAAAUACCACGCAGACAAAGACCGCGUCUUCGUAACGGGUACUAGCUCGGGGGCUAUGAUGACCAAUGUACUCAUCGGGAGCUAUCCAGAUGUCUUUGCGGCAGGAAGCGCAUGGGCUGGUGUGCCCUUCGGGUGCUUUGCCGGUGACGGCUUCGAUGUCUGGAGCGACGCAUGUGCCACCGGCCGGAUCAUCAAGACCGGCCCCCAAUGGGCUGCUCUCGUGCGCAAUGCAUAUCCUUCAUAUCGUGGCUUCCGUCCAAAGUUCCAGACUCUUCAUGGCACAGCGGACACGACACUCUAUCCACAAAAUUUGCGCGAGCAAAUCAAACAAUGGACGAGUGUAUUCGAUGUGAGCCAGAAACCGACGGAGAUUACAGAAGACAUUCCUUUCAAAGGCUGGACGAGGUUUCGGUAUGGCGACAAGUUCGAAGCGUAUGAGGCGGGUAGUGUGACUCACGAUAUUCCGACUGAUGCCGACACGGUAAUGGACUUCUUCGACUUGAAGUGCAGUGGGCCGAGCUGCUUCUCGAGGCCUAGGUCGGGUAACAUGCAUGCGCUACUUGAGGAGAGCUUUGUAGGCUUCGAACCUGGAGAUCAAACCUUGGACAUCGCUGGCGCCACCGUCAUAGCUGAUGCGGAUGAUUUUGUGGGUAUUCAUAUUGCGCUCAAAAGCUUAGUGGAAGACUUCGAACAGAUCACUGGAACCCGACCCGCGUUCAACAAUGUCACAGCCAACUCCACGAUUUCAACUUCAGCAACCGGCAUCAUCGUCGGCUCUGUGGAAUCGAGACUCAUUCGUCAACUGUCCGCAGAGAAAGGUCUCAGCAUCUCAGAUGUUGAGGGAAGAUGGGAAGUGUUUAAAACGGCUGUUAUUGCCAACCCAAUAGCUGGGGUAGAACGGGCGUUGGUUAUUGUAGGCAGCGAUAAACGCGGUACUAUCUUUGGUGUACACACGCUCGCCGAACAAAGUGGGCAAUCUCCAUACCAUUGGUGGGCGGAUGUUCCCACGAAGAAGCACGCCGCUAUCUUCGCAUUGCCAAAAGCCACUGUUCACGGGCCACCAUCAGUCAAAUACAGAGGACUUUUCAUUAAUGAUGAAGCGCCAGCGCUGGUCACUUGGUGGGCAGCACAACACAACUCCUCGUACUAUCCUCUCGACACCGAAUUUUACGCCCACGUAUUCGAUCUACUUCUUCGACUAAAAGCUAAUUACUUGUGGCCUGCAAUGUGGGGAUCAACAACACCAGCUCCAGGCCACAUCUUCUUUACCGAUGACCCAGGGAAUCAGCAGCUUGCAGAUGACUAUGGUAUCGUAGUUUCUACUAGUCAUCACGAGCCUAUGCAAAGAGCCACCAAUGAGUGGAACGCGACUGAAACUGGGCCCUGGGAUUGGAGACUGAACAAAGACAAUGUUACUCGCUUUAUGCAAGAGGGUAUCCGAAGAAUGGGAAACAACGAAAGUUAUGUGACGCUGGGCAUGCGUGGCCCGAGCGAUAGUGCGAUCGUCGGCGACGACGCUUUGGAAAUACUUCGAGAAGUAUUUGAAGUAGAGCGUCAGAUUUUUAAGGAUGUCUUAGGUGACAAGAAAGUGAACCAGGCGUGGACGAUCUACAAGGAGGUCGCGACGUACUACGCGGCAGGUUUGAGCCCGCCAGACGAUGUCACAAUCAUCAUGCCUGAUGACAAUCAUGGCCAGAUUCUGCGGCUGCCCACUGGUAACGAGACUACUAGGGAAGGCGGCGCUGGUGUUUACUUUCAUUUCGAGUACUUUGGUAGACCGCGAUCGUACAAGUGGUCGAAUACCAACAGCUUGCCAAAAGUGUUGAAAGAGCUUUUGCAAGCUUACUGGCGCGAUGCGAACCAAGUUUGGGUCAUCAAUGUCGGCGAUAUCAAGCCUUUGGAGCAACCCUUUGGAUUCGCUAUGGAUUUAGCUUGGGAUGUCUCGAAGUUUGACUUCGACAUGAUACCAGCAUAUCUGCGCCUCUACGCCGAGCGAGAGUUUGGUAUAGAACAUGCGGAUGAUGUCGCAGCUCUACUGAUGGAGUUCAAUUACCUCAUUGGAAUGCGCCGCUUUGAGAUGGUCCAACCAGACACAUACUCAGUAUUGAACUAUCAUGAAGCAGAAAGGAUACUAGCAAGGUGGAACACACUCGCUGAUCAAACCAAAACAUUAUACGACCGGAUACAGGAGGAUUACAAAGCCGCAUUCUACGAGCUAGUGUUUUAUCCUUUAGUAUCGGGCGCCACAUACUACUCGGUAAAUGUUGGAACUGGAUUUAACUAUCGAUAUGCCAUGGAGCGGAGGAAUUCGGCAAACGCACUCGCUCACCAGGUCUUAGCCGACUUCGAACACGACUACGAUCUGGUUGAAGGCUUCGACACCCUUCUUGACGGAAAAUGGCAACAUAUCAUGUCUCAGGCUAAACUUGAAACGUUCGAUAUCGGAAAGCCAAAGAACUGGAUGAAUCCGUCUCGCGACAUACUCUCAAACCUUUCUUUUGUUCAACUGCGUCAAAACAUGCAGUUCUCCGUUGGCAAUCUUGGCAUCUAUGCGGAGGGCUCCAACAGCCCGCUCGAUCAGGGUAGAUGGGCUGAGUCAAUCGAUCCAUCAAUGCCUUUCACCAAAUCUCCACCCAAACUUCCGGAGAUGAGUCCUUAUGGACCAUCUAUGCGGACUAUAGACCUCUUCAUGCGGGGCGACUACCGUGUUCCGCUUGACUGGCAGCUCGGCGAUAUUCCAGUAAAUUGGCUGUCAAUUACACCAAGUUCAGGCCGACUCAACCAGACCGUCGACGAGCAACGUCUCAACAUCACCAUCGAUUGGACACAGGUUCCGGAAGGAUACAAUGACACAGUAGAGGUUAGCGUGACAUCAACACCAUCAUUCUAUCCGUACUUCGAUAUCUUGCGUAUUCCGGUACAAAACCGCAAGGUACCCACUGAUUUCCAGGGCUUCCCGGAAACGGCUGGUUACAUAUCGAUUGAGAGUCCACACUAUCAGCGUUCGUCCCUAGGCAAUAGUACUACAGACGACACAGUAGCAUUCGCUCACGUUCCAUAUCUUGGCACGCGUACUGAAUCUGGUUCUAUCGCGAUACGGCCUUUCCACGCUGCUCGGGCUUCUCUUGCCGACUCGACCGCGGCAUUUGUUGAAUACGACAUCUAUCUCUUCAAUCAUACCAGUUCCCUCAACGCCACGAUCUACAUCAACGCUGGUCUAGAUACAGACCCCAAUCUUCUCAUGGAAUUCUCUCUUUCUCUUGAUAGCACCCCUCAGAACUUCACACGUGUAUUGGGUGAUCCAAAGGAUGCAGGCGAUGUGCCACCAGAGUGGACAAAUAACGUAAUGAACCAGGUGUGGACGAAGAAACUCAGUCUCGGUGAGGCACUGGAAGGAAAGCACACGCUUCGUUGGCAAGUCAAUAGUCCUGAGGUCUACUUGGAGAAGCUUGUUUUGGAUACUAGAGGUGGGGUCAAGGACAGCUAUCUAGGACCGCCGGAGACGAUGAUGGUUGGGUCUGAAUGA